ACAUUUCGGAUAAAUUCACCACGGAGUUGAUUUUAGGUCCGAGUUUUCAGACCGUUUGCUGUUAAAUGCUGAGGCUGCUCUCUGAAUUCGGAGCAGGAACUUUCUUCACCGUCUCUGGUCAGUCUGGACAUGUCUGGACAGAAACCGUCCCUGAGGACCGGCGGCUCCGCUCAGAGCCGCUUCCAGGUGGAUGUUGUGGCGGAAGCAUCAGCCACUGCUCCGGCCCCGGCUGCCGCCCCGGGGUCCACCGAUGGGUCGAAGCCUCCUGAGGAGUCCAAAGGCCGGUUCAGGGUGGUGGGCUUCCUGGACCCCGGCGCGCUCGGCACCGCCACCGACAUAGGGCUCCCUCCUGAUGUCUUCCACGAGCCGGACACGACCAAAAGCGACUCCGUCAGCCUCCAUUCAACCGGCACAGGACAGACGCACAUCUCCGACUCGCACUCCAACACCUACUACAUGCGGACCUUCGGACACAACACGAUAGACGCGGUCCCGAACAUCGACUUCUACCGGCAGACUGCGGCGCCUUUUGGGGAAAAACUCACCAGACCGUCGCUGUCGGAGCUGCACGAUGAGCUGGAUAAAGAGCCCUUUGAGGACGGCCUGGCCAACGGAGACGAGCCGUCAGCAGCCGAGGAGGCAGCAGCUCUGAUGGCCAAGGAGGCGAAAGGAGGAACCAUCAAGUUCGGUUGGAUCAAAGGAGUCCUGAUCCGCUGCAUGCUGAACAUCUGGGGGGUGAUGUUGUUCAUCAGAAUGUCCUGGAUCGUUGGACAGGCUGGAAUUGGACUUACCAUUGCCAUCAUUCUGAUGGCCACUGUGGUCACCAGCAUCACCGGACUGUCCACCUCUGCUAUAGCAACCAACGGCUUCGUACGAGGAGGAGGUGCAUACUACCUGAUCUCCAGAAGUCUAGGACCGGAGUUUGGAGGAUCUAUCGGCCUCAUCUUCGCCUUCGCUAACGCAGUCGCCGUGGCCAUGUACGUCGUAGGCUUCGCUGAGACCGUGGUGGAGAUGCUCAAUGAUGUUGAUGCUCUGAUGACCGAUGAGCUGAACGACAUUCGCAUCGUUGGGACACUGACAGUCAUCCUGCUGCUGGGAAUCUCCGUGGCUGGGAUGGAAUGGGAGGCCAAGGCUCAGAUUGUCCUCCUGGUCAUCCUGCUGGGAGCCAUCGCCAACUACUUCAUAGGAACCUUCAUGCCAACUGAGAGCAAAGAGCCUAAAGGAUUCUUCGGUUACAACACUGCCAUCCUGGUGGAAAACUUCGGCCCAGACUUUAGAGAUGAGGAGACCUUCUUCUCCGUGUUUGCCAUCUUCUUUCCUGCAGCCACUGGGAUCCUGGCUGGAGCCAACAUCUCCGGUGACCUCACGGAUCCUCAGUCUGCAAUCCCUAAAGGAACGCUGCUGGCGAUCCUCAUCACAGGACUCACCUACGUGGCCGUGGCCAUCUCCACAGGCGCCUGCAUCGUCAGGGACGCGACCGGUGACCACAACGACACGGUGAGCGACACGGUGAACUGCACUGAUGCCGCCUGCACGCUGGGCUACGAUUUCUCUAUCUGCAAGGAGGGAGGAUGCCAGUACGGCCUGAUGAACGAUUUCCAGGUGAUGAGUCUGGCUUCAGCCUUCGGACCUCUGAUCACGGCCGGGAUUUUCUCGGCUACUCUGUCCUCGGCUCUGGCUUCGCUGGUCAGCGCACCCAAAGUCUUCCAGGCGCUCUGUAAGGACAAGCUCUAUCCCGGACUUGGAAUGUUUGCGAAGGGCUACGGGAAGAACAACGAGCCUCUCCGUGCUUACGUCUUGACCUUCUGCAUCGGCCUCGCCUUCAUCCUCAUCGCUGAGUUAAACAUCAUCGCUCCCAUCAUCUCCAACUUUUUCCUGGCUUCGUAUGCUCUCAUCAACUUCUCGGUCUUCCACGCCUCUUUGGCCAACUCUCCAGGAUGGCGUCCCAGCUUCAAAUACUACAACAUGUGGGUGUCUCUGGCCGGGGCCAUCCUGUGCUGCGUGGUGAUGUUCGUCAUCAACUGGUGGGCGGCUCUCGUCACCCUCCUCAUUGUGCUGGCGCUCUACAUCUAUGUUAGUUACAAGAAGCCAGAUGUGAACUGGGGUUCGUCCACUCAGGCUCUGACCUACAACCAGGCUCUGACCCACUGUCUCAGUCUGACCACCGUCGAGGACCACGUGAAAAACUUCAGGCCUCAGUGUCUGGUCCUGGCUGGUUAUCCAAACUCCCGCCCUGCUCUGCUGCAGCUGGUUAACGCUUUCACCAAGAACGUCAGCCUCAUGGUCUGCGGACACGUCAGGAUCGUGUCCCGCCGGCCCAACUUUAAGGAGUUGUCUCAGGAUUACGCCCGCUGUCAGCGCUGGCUCAUCAGGAAACGCAUCAAGGCCUUUUAUGCUCCUGUUUUUGCUGAUAACCUGAGACAUGGAGCACAGCUGCUCCUGCAGGCUGUUGGUUUGGGUCGUCUAAAGCCCAACACGCUGGUCAUGGGCUUCAAGAACAACUGGGCCGAUGGAGACAUGAGGGAUGUGGAGAACUAUAUCAACACUAUACAUGAUGCCUUUGACCUGCAGUUUGGGGUCGUGAUCCUCCGGCUUCAGGACGGACUGGACAUCUCUCACAUCCAGGGACAAGAUGAGCUGCUGUUGUCCCACGAGAAGCCGGCGGGCGGCGGGAAGGAUGCCAUCGUUGCUGUCAGUCUGGUGAAAGACUCCAAUUCUGACUCCUGUCCUUCAAAAACAACCAGCACCCAGAGCAGCCCGCUCAUCAUCAGAGACGCCAAGCCUCCUCUGAGCCUGACGGAUCAGCGCCUGCUGGAGACCAGCCAGCAGUUCAAGAAGAAACAGGGCAAAGGAACCAUAGACGUGUGGUGGCUGUUUGAUGAUGGAGGUCUGACUCUGCUGAUCCCCUACCUGCUGACUAACAGGAGCAAGUGGGGCGACUGCAGAAUUAGAGUCUUCAUCGGGGGGAAGAUCAACCGGAUCGACCACGACCGCAGAGCGAUGGCCACGUUGCUCAGCAGGUUCAGAAUCGACUUCUCUGACAUCAAUGUACUCGGAGACAUCAACACCAAACCCAAAAAACACAAUAAGCUGAGUUUUAAGGAGCUGAUCGAGCCGUACAGGCUGAAGGAGGACGACAUGGAGCAGGAGGCUGCAGAGAAGCUGAAGGCUCAGGAGCCCUGGAGGAUCACCGACAAUGAGCUGGAGCUGUACCGGGCCAAGACCAACCGUCAGAUCCGGCUGAACGAACUUCUGAAGGAACACUCCAGCUCGGCCAAACUCAUCGUCAUAAGCAUGCCUUUGGCCCGGAAAGGCACCGUCUCCAGCGCCCUGUACAUGUGCUGGUUGGAGACUCUGUCCAAAGACGUCCCCCCGCUGCUGCUGGUCCGAGGAAACCACCAGAGUGUCCUCACCUUUUACUCUUAACACACACACAGAUGUGUCCACCAAGGGCGUGUUGCGGUGUUUCAGCCUCCACCUGCACAAGAACAGAAAAAUCUGGCCUUCAAUGGGAUUCUUCUCAUUCAGCUUCAUUUAAGUUCUUUUUUGUUCUUUAACAAAUUAAACAGAUUCUUUAACAGUCUGUGGUUUUAACUGGAUGAGAUUAAUGACAGUAAAUAUAAUGUUUAUUUAUAAUAAAGAUGCUUAUUUCAGAGGGUGUGCUGGUAUUCAGGCAUGCAGCCAUGGGAAGGAAUAUUUUUCCACUGACUUAUGGUAACUUCAUUUUAUUAAAAGAUUAACA